AGAGCAAGCGCUAUAUCCAUCAUGUCGCAUCACGGCUCUGAUCCGGACCUCCACCGCGCCAUCUCUCUGCGACCCAGUCCAUUCCACGCACACCCUGAACUCUUAACCCGGGCCACUCAACUCCCGACAGGAGUGCUUCCUGUUCUCCCGCUGCCACAGACCAAGGCCGCCACUUCUGCGUCUACCUCGUACGAGGUCAAUGAGUCCCAUGACCCUGUCUCGCGCCCUGCCUAUGCUCGCAACGCCAGCGAGGCUGAAGACGUAGAAGGCCAGGCCCUUCCGAGCUAUACCACUGAAAAUGACCCACUAGACCUAUCGAGCCGCAUUAAGAGCGCUACGCAGCUGGAUGCCAUGCAGGCAAACACGUCUAGGAGACGUCAAGGUGCUAAGGAUCGCUUAUGCGCCCCUGUUGCUCAGACCAAGGAUGCCAUUCAACUACGCAAAGUUCGAGGUUUCUACGAGGGUCAGAACGAGGCUAUCGAAAGAAUGUUGAAACCAGUCGACGACCAUAGGAGAGAAGCCAAGGAGGAAGCUGGUGCUGACAAUCUACAAUACAAGAUCGCUGUCUACGGUUCAUUCGCUGCGAACAUACUCCUCGCCGGUCUCCAAUUGUACGGAGCUGUUUCUUCUGGUUCUUUGUCCCUGUUCACCACCACUGCCGAUGCCAUCUUCGACCCAUUGGCCAAUGCCACCUUACUGCUUUGUAAUCGAGCUGUCAACAAAGUCGAUCCUCGCAAGUUCCCUGCCGGAAAAGCUCGCAUCGAGACUGCAGGCAAUAUCGCCUUCUGUGGGCUUAUGUGCAGUGUCUCAUUUAUUCUAAUAGUGCUCUCGGCAAUGGAGCUCGUCAGAGGAUCAGAUUCCGAGACGAAAACUUUCCACUUGCCUUCCGUCCUUGCUGUGUGCGUUGCCUUUGCUACCAAACUUGCGCUGUUUAUUUACUGCUGGUCUCUGAGGAACAAAUAUUCCUCUAUCCGCAUUCUAUGGGAAGACCACAGAAAUGAUCUAUUCAUCAAUGGGCAUGUGUUCAAUUCUGUUAACCUGUCUGUCACUGCUAAUCUCGUUUAUUCAGAUNUCGGUGUUUUGACCUCCGUUGGAGGUAGCAAGCUCGCCUGGCAAAUCGAUCCCGCAGGAGCUAUUGCGCUCUCGUGUCUGGUCGCCUUCCUGUGGCUUCGUACCGCUUACUCUGAAUUUCAGCUUCUGAUCGGAGUCACCGCGCCAACCCACAUUCUUCAGUGGAUCACGUACAUUUCCAUGACACACAGUCCGGAUAUCGUCAGCCUGGACACUGUAAGGGCCUGGUACUCUGGUCCUCGAAUUACAGUUGAAGUGGACAUUGUUCUCCACCCGAACAUGACACUCAAAGAGACUCACGACAUUGCAGAAGACUUGCAAAAUAAACUCGAAGGUCUGCCAGAUGUCGAGAGAGCCUACGUCCAUAGUGAUUACGAAACCGAACACAGGGCGGAACAUUUCUUGAAGAAGGAGCUCUGA